GUUUCCGAUAUUGGUGAAAGUCAGAGAAAGCAGACUUGAAUUUUGUAAAAGGAAAGCGGGAUGGCGGCUAACCUAUCUGAUGUUCAGUUAUCAAUAAUUUUGUAAAUUAAUAGGAUUCUUAUAUCCUUAUUUUAAGAAAUGGAGAAGACAGAACAGAAGUCGUCAGAACCCCUCCUCGCCACAGUGAAAAUCGAGCCACCCGAUUUAAAUGGAUCAAAGGAAGUUCAACAGUGUCAACUUCAGACAACCUCGAAUGAAGAAGAGCUGGAGCAAAGAAUAGAAUGUACUACGGAUAGCCAGGAUACUGAGCUGCGUUCGUUUUUAUCUAAAUGUGUAUUUUGUGGGAAGAAUUUCGGUGCUAUUGAUGAUCCUAAACUUUUGGAGUGCCUUCACGCUGCUUGCUCUGGCUGUAUUACAAAUAAGCUUAGUGAUCACAAUACUUCAGUUGAUGUCGACGUUGUUCUGGAGAGCCAUGUUAUUGUGUGUCACAUUUGCAAUGUAACAAGCCAUGCAGAGAAUCUUAUUGAAAAUAAGUUCCUUGCAAAACUUGGUGAGGAUGAGUUGAUUAUUGAGGAGGAGAAAGAUGAAGAUGAGAAGAAAUGUACAAGUUGUCAUGAUGACGCUACUGCCACAAGUUGGUGUGUCGAGUGUGAAGAAUUUAUAUGUCAAAACUGUGUAAUGGCUCAUCAGAGAUUAAAAAUAACAAAAGAUCACACUAUAAAACCUAAGAAUGAAGUUGCUGUUGAUGAAGAAAAUGGAAAGAAAAAUCCUAAGAAACAAACUGGCUACUUAUUUUGUACCGUUCACCAACAAGAACAAUUAACACUGUUCUGUCAAACAUGUGAUAGAUUGACAUGUAGAGACUGUCAAUUGACAGACCAUAGAGAUCACAAAUACAAAUUCAUUCAUGAAAUAGCUUUGGAAACACGCACUUCUGUUUCAACAUUAUUGAAAGAAGUUAGUUACAAGAGAGUUUUACUAAAAAGCGCUAUGAAAGUGAUUGAGGAUCGGCAGAUUUUGAUUUUGGAAAAAAAGAAAAGCCUUGUUCAAGAUAUUACACAAAUGGUGGUUCAAUUAACAAAUGCAAUUAAUACAAGAGGUAAACAAUUAGUAAUGAGAUUGAAUGAGGUUUGUGAUCAAAAACAGAAUACGCUGAAUGAAAAAAAAGUAGCUCUUGAUCAGUUGUCUAAAUUAACAGAUCAUUGCAUACAAUUUGUAACCAAUGCUUUAGAGAAGGGGUCAGACAUGGCGUUACUUUAUAGUAAAAAAUCUGUUACAGGACAUUUGCAACGAAUAAAAAGUAGAAGAGCUGAUAUUCCAAAUCCUGAGAUUCCUGUUAGAAUACAUUUGUGCUUAGAAAAAGUGCCGGAUUUAAUAAAAGUCGUUUCAUCCAUCGGAGCAGUUGUAGUUGAUGGAAGGGUAUAUCCUUCUGUAUCACCUUCAUCUGGACCAAAUACUUCAUCAAUUUCAUUCAAUGAUCAGGAUCCGAAGUCUUCUUUACCCACGCCAGUUACUGAUACAAUUCCAGCUCUUGUUCCAACGACACAGCAAGGAACCCUUCCACAAUAUCAGCAUCCUCUCUACAUUCAGCAGCAACCACAUAUGGGUCAUUACUCCCAGCAUGGACUCCCAUCAAGAUCAUCCCCACAAACCCAAACUCAACGAGUACCAUACACCUUAAACAUGAGUCGUUCGCAGCAGCAGCAACAGCCUCUUCAGUUACGAGGCAUGCCAGGAUGCCAGCAACAAGUGACAUCCUCUACGCAUCCUCAUCAACAACUUCACCUAGACCAUCUUUCGCAGAAUGCUAGUCUUCGCGGACUCCUGGCACACAAUCCUACACCGUUCCGUGCAGGGGUACCAUCUCUACCGUACAGACCACCUCCUAGUUAUAGGUAUCCUGCAUCAAAUCCACAGCGGGCACCGUCUUAUCAACCAGGAGUCCGGAUGCAGUCAGCACCAGGUUCAUCAUUCACACAACAUCCUAGUUUCUCAAUACAGCAGCAACAAGCGCGAUGGCAUAUACCGCAGAACCCUUGUGUACCAUCGUAUUAUUCUAUAAGACCCACAGCACCGGCUACUACAACCAUGGCAGCCCCAGCUAACGACGCAUAUAAGAUAACUCUAAAAAAUCAGAACCACACGCAAAAGGCACCAGGAAAUCCCACGGAGAAUGCUGGCCAGUCUUCGGGUUCCUCUGUAGGUCACACUGUCAGUUCAUCUGUACCAAAAACACCAAGUCCUGUUUCUUCGAAAACUGACGACACCGAGAAGAGUUUAGAUAAGUUUUGUCAGAAAUCAUUGAACGAUCUCAUGCUGACUAUUGCGAAAUUAGACAGUAAUGGAAUAGUCGUUAUUCCUGAGGCACAAAGGAAUCAGCUGGACGGCAGUCAAGUCGACAGCUCAACCGAUGAAGGUGUUAAUUCUCUAGGUGACAAUACCUCCGAUAAUUCAAAGAAUCCUGGCGCGUGCAUGCCAAAAGAUGAUCCAAAUGAAGAUUGGUGUGCAGUCUGUAUGGAUGGUGGGGAUGCAGUAUUAUGCUGCGAUAAGUGUCCUAAGGUCUUCCACUUGUACUGUCAUAUUCCAAAGCUCAAAUCAUUCCCAGAUGAGAGUGAAACUUGGCAGUGCAUGCUAUGUACAAAUGUCCUGGAUUGUUCUGAAGAUCCUCCUCUUGAAAAAAGGCCAAACUGCAUGACUCCUAGAGAACUGAGAAUUGCUCAGAGGAUUGUUCUAGAACUAUAUUGUCAAUACGAGCAGAGCCUCCCGUUCCGCGAAGUAGUUAGUCCUGAUAUGGUAGAAUACCACCGUAUAAUCAAGAAACCAAUUGCCCUAGAUAUCAUUAGAGAUAAAUUGACACCAGAUCAUCCCAAUCAUUACACAGAUUUAAGACAAGUAAUGUCCGACAUACGUCUCAUGUUCAAAAAUGCCUUUACGUACAAUCCAGUGGAGUCACUGGUUUACCAGGAAGCAAGAAACCUGGAGGAGUUCUUCGAAAAACUCCUAUUGAAGUGGGCUCCAAGUUACGCCUACGACGAUCCAUUUUUAACUGCUGAAGGUGAUGAAGAGGAGGAAGUUUUUCCUCCAAACCGAAAAUAUCGUCGCAUUAUCAACGAUUAAUCCAUUAGUCUUCGUAUAAAUACACUAAAAUAAGAAUGUCUCAUCGGAUAUGAUUCACAGUUCAUUAUAAAAUCCAUAGUCUUUGUAUGAGAAGUUUCAUAAAUUAAGAAACUCUCAUUGGUUUUCUAUCGAAGACUAUUAUUAUUUGUAAAUAAUUUAGGACGCAACAUAAUAAUAGGGACUCGUAUGUAUAUGUACCGGUUUUACGAUGCAUUAUUUGAUCAAUAUCCUUGGCUACUUUGAUUUCUAUUUACUUUUUUCAUACUGUGACUAUGUAUUUAGUAUAUCAGGAACACAUACUUACUCGAAAAAUUGUAUAAUUGAAUCUUAGGGGCUGGUGACAUUUUUAAAUAAUAAGUUAUUUAUUAAUUUCAUUUAUUCAACAGUAUACUGUCGAGACUUAUUGACGCUGUACUACUUUAUUUAGUUUAUCAUCCUUUUAUAAAUCAGUUUUCUUGUUAUGUGGAGGGUCUAUUUGAUGUUACUUUGAAGUUAAUUAAAUUAAUUGCUCUUAUUAUUAUUA